AUGGAAUUCCUGCUCGGCGGUGCCUCGUCGAUGUGUGCCGUGCUGUUUACGAACCCGUUCGACGUGCUCAAGACACGCCAACAGCUGGAGGGUGAGCUGAUAGCGAAACAGAAUCUCAAGGAGCGGCCCUACAAGGGCAUCCGUCAGUCCGUGAUCACCGUGGUCCGGACGGACGGUUUGCGCGGCCUGCAGAAAGGGCUUCCGGCCGCCCUCAUGUACCAGUUCUCGAUGAAUGGUGUCCGGCUGGGGACGUACCAGACGGCGGAGAAUCUCGGUUGGACGAGGAGUACCAAGCAUCCCUCACUGACACCGUUGCUGUCACUGUUCUGGGGAGGUUGCGCUGGACUGGCAAGUGCUACUGCAUCCUGCCCAUUCUACGUGGUGAAGACACAGCUACAGGCCGUCACAUCCGGAUCGUACACGGCACGCUAUCAACAUCACCAUAGUGGCACCGUGUCGGCAUUUGUGAAUAUCUUCCGCCAGAGUGGAAUUCGUGGACUGUUCCGAGGGUAUACGGCCACCCUCGCGCGGCUGAUGGUUGGAUCAUCCGCACAGAUGUCAUCGUUCAGUGCGUGCAAAGAGUUCUUCCUGCGCUACCAAGUGUUCCAGGAGUCUAUCGUGCUGACCGCACUGGCCAGCAGCACUGUGGCGGGAUUUCUAACCAGCGUGCUAAUGUCACCGUGCGAUGUGGUGACGACACGCAUGACCAACCAAGCCGUAUCUGCCAGCGGGAAAGGUUUGUUGUACAGCAACAUCUUCGAUUGCUUCCUGAAGAUCUACCGAUCGGAAGGCAUCCACGGUUACUACAAGGGAUUCGUGCCAAUGUACCUGCGUGUGGCUCCACACACGAUGCUCAACCUCACCUUCUGGGAGUUCUUCAAGGGUCUCCACGAACGUUACGGCAAACAGUGAGAAACAGCGAGAACCGUGCGGAACCAGAACAUUCUCAAACUCCUCCGGAGAUACCAUUCCCAACCAUACCUGAGUGGCGCGCGCCACAACAUACAAAACCGAUUGAUGCAAGACAUGGCAAAUGUGUAGCUUCGUCUUAACCGCUUAUCUUAUCAGCAACCACAGUAGAUGUUCUAAAAAAGGCUUGGCUUUUGUAAAAAAUCAACCUACAUACAUACGCACACAUACGAAGUCACGCCACUCCACUCCAGUAGUUCGCAUUUCAAAUGCAUGCCACACCUGCUUCGCUUAGCAAAUAUUGGUGCUAUAUAAUAGCCCACAAAUGCGGUGCGGGAACAGGGAAACCUAUUUUUAUAAGCAGCAAGAAGCUAGCGA